CGAUCUUGAUAAUGCAGAAUUUAUUUAUUUAGAAUUCACCUACAACUUCACCAAGUAGUGGUAUAUCAACUCGUAAACGUCGUAGUAUUGAUUAUAGUCAACAAUCAUCUCUUGAAUAUACACCCGGUGGUGAUAGUAAUGAAAUGUCAACACCAAUAACAAAUAUUCAUCAACAUGAAAAUCCAUUUAUAUUUGAAUCAUUAUCUAGUAUAAAAGAUGAAUCAUCUGAACAUUCAAUGGAUUUACCUAUUUCAACAAUAAUUAAUAUACCAAUAAUAAAACAAGAAGAUGAUGAACAUCCAAUAUUACAACAACAACCAAUUAAAUCAUUACGUACACAAACAAGUCAAAAAUCUGGUAAAGGAAAACCAAUUUUUGAUAAUCGUUCAUAUGGAGGUGAAAUAAGUAAAAAACGAGCUAGACGAACAUUAAAUAAUGGUCAUCGUCGUGCAUCUUCACCUCAAUCAUCGACUGGUAUAACUCAAAUGACAGGUACAAAUCCACCACGUACGAAUACAACGACUGGUACUGGUUGUCGUGGUCGUCCACCAAAAAUUCGAAAAGAAAUUCCUAUUCAAUCAUCAAAUAUCGAUGAAACAUCAAUAACACCAAUGAAUGUAUUAAAUACAAGUACUGGUAGUACGGGUAGUUCAUAUACAGUUGGAGCUGUUAAACGUGAUGAUGAUGAACAUCAUGCUGUAACAGUUCUUUGUUCAACAGAUGAAUUAUAUACAUUAGGACAAGAUAUGUGUGUUAGUUGUGGAAGUUUUGGUUUAGAUGAAGAAGGACGUUUAAUAUCAUGUACACAAUGUGGACAAUCUUAUCAUUCAUAUUGUGCUGGAUUAAAUAAAUUAUCAAAAGUUAUAUUAAAACAAGGCUGGCGUUGUUUAGAUUGUACUGUAUGUGAAGGUUGUGGUAAACCAACAGAUGAAUCUCGUUUAUUAUUAUGUGAUGAUUGUGAUAUAUCCUAUCAUACAUAUUGUCUACAACCACCACUUGAUCAAGUACCAAAAGGCAACUGGAAAUGUCAAUGGUAA